CUAUUAUUUAUUCCAGGAGAAAACCAAAGAUUUGGUCUGAACUAUAAUUUUGUGUUGUGUCAUGAUGGCUGAGUAAACCAAUAAAGAGCGUAGUGACUUUCUCCUGCUAGGCGCUGUUUUAUCAAAAGAGGAAACGACGUAAAAUACCCGCAGCGACAACAUCCGUUGCAGAAGUUAACAUAUCCACGAAGCUAAGCUAACUGGCGAAGAGCAAAGCAGUUGUGUGCCUACGGUUUGUGUCUCUCUGAAGGGAAAAGAGUCCGUUUGUCCACGCGGGGAAAAGGCAACAGUGCGCGGAGAUGCCGGAAACUGACAGUUACUCAAACCCUCUGGCACCCGAGGGCCACGAGGUGGACGACCACAGAUCUGCAGCUCAAUCCAAACUGACCAAUGAUGACUUCAGGAAGCUGCUGAUGACCCCACGUGCGGCCCCCUCAUCGGCCCCACCAUCCAAAUCCAGACACCAUGAGAUGCCACGGGACUAUAAUGAGGAUGAAGAUCCUGCAGCGAGGAGGAGGAAGAAGAAGAGCUACUAUGCUAAGCUACGUCAGCAGGAGAUGGAGAGAGAGAGAGAGCUGGCCGAGAAGUACAGAGACCGAGCAAGAGAGAGACGAGAUGGAGUCAACAAAGAUUAUGAAGAGACCGAGCUGAUCAGCACCACAGCCAACUACAGAGCUGUAGGACCGACGGCCGAGGCAGAUAAAUCAGCAGCAGAGAAACGUCGGCAGCUCAUCCAGGAGUCCAAGUUCUUGGGAGGUGACAUGGAGCACACUCACUUGGUGAAAGGUCUGGAUUUCGCUCUGCUGCAGAAGGUGAGAGCUGAGAUCACCAGUAAGGAAAAAGAGGAAGAAGACAUGAUGGAGAAGGUCCAGAAAGAAGCAAAGAAAGAUGUGGAGCCUGAGGAGAAGAUCGAGUUUAAGACUCGUCUGGGGAGGAACAUCUACCGUGUGGUGUUCAGGUCCGGCGUGUCUGAAAGAAAUGAGCUCUUUCUGCCAGGCAGGAUGGCGUAUGUGAUCGACCUGGAUGAUGAGUUCACAGAUACCGACAUCCCAACUACUCUGAUUCGCAGCAAAGCCGACUGCCCCAGCAUGGAGGCCCAGACAACUCUGACCACCAACGACAUUGUGAUCUCCAAACUGACUCAGAUCUUGUCCUACCUCAGACAGGGAACACGACACAAGAAGAUGAAGAAGAAAGACAAAGGUAAACUGGAUGAUAAGAGAGCUCCCGAAGCUGAUCUGAGUAUUUUUGACGACAUCGGGGACUACAUCCCGUCCUCCACUUCUAAACCGGCCAGAGACAAAGACAGACACAGAGAGCGAGAGGACGACAGCAAGAGUCGAAGACACACCUACUUUGAGAAACCUCGGGGAGAAGAGCACCAGGUGCUGGAGGUGGAUACAGGUCCUGGGUCAGUUCGAGAGCAGAUCAAGAUAAUCAAUGAGAAGUUUGCUGGAGCAGCUGGCAGCCAGUGGCAGAACCAGGAGCCUGGUUCUCAAAGGAAAGACAGCGGAAAGGAACAGCUGGGAGAUUUCUUUGGAGGGUCUAACUCGUACGCCGAGUGUUACCCCGCCACGAUGGACGAUCUGGCUGUGGAUAGUGAUGAGGAGGUGGACUACAGUAAGAUGGACCAGGGUAAUAAAAAGGGUCCUUUGGGUCGUUGGGAUUUUGACACUCAGGAGGAAUAUUCAGACUACAUGAACAACAAGGAGGCUCUGCCCAAGGCAGCCUUCCAGUACGGCAUCAAGAUGUCCGAGGGCAGGAAGACCCGGCGCUUCAAAGAGACCAACGAGAAGGCUGAGCUGGACCGGCAGUGGAAGAAGAUCAGUGCGAUCAUCGAGAAGAGGAAGAAGAUGGAGGCUGACGGGGUGGAUGUGAAGAGGCCCAAAUACUGAAAACCUACUCAUCCUUUUGGAAGCAAAGGAUUAAUAUUGAUUAGAUGUUGGUGUUUUUAUUGUUGGUCUGUAAAGUCACUGUUAGAACUGACUGUUUUCCUCCAGCAGUUCAUGCGUCAUCAAUUAGGAUUUAGUAGCAAGUAGCUUGUUAAACACCAGAUCCUACCAAUAAAGCUCAGUAGCUCAGUUCAA